GCAAUUUGUAAAGAAUAAUAAGAAAAAAGAAAAACAUAAAACUUCAUCCAUAUUUUUCACACACAUAUGCGAGGCAUAUAAAAAAUAAAAAAAACAAAAACUGCAUCCGCGAUCAAUAAAAUCUGUGAAGAAGCAGAUUUUUUUCGAGCGAUCGCCUGUAGCAACGAAAUUUAUGCAAAUAAAUACUCCAUAGAGCAAAUACUGUGUUGUUUUCAAAGCAAAAAGCAAAAAAAAAAUGACAAAAAAAUCAAACAAAGACUUGAGAUAAGCCAAUACUAUAACAACAACAACAGUCACUUGGCAAUGCAUACCUCCUCAAGCAUUCUAUGGAUAACAAUUUAUUAUGCAAUAAACCGAAUUCAAGGUAUUUGUUAAAGCGUGGCUUGCCACGCUAAAAAACACCACUUGGGACACAGUGCAAACUCAACAUUGAUAGCAAUAAAUCAAAUAUUCCAUUUUGGGGCAAGUGAAAUUAUGUGCAUUAAAAUUUAGUAAGAAAAAGCAAUACAAAUUCCAUAAACACAAAAUGAAUUGCGAUGACACUGGCAUUCAAAAUCGUCCAACAGCCGUGUUAGACGGCGAUAGGCAAUCAUCGAGUGAUGGCAAUGAAUUGAACGAUGAAAUCGUAUACACGCCUCGACUAUCCACAGAUGAAUCGGCUGGUUCCGCCUUUGAAAUAGUCGAUGCUAGUGGCAGUAAUUGUAGCGAUAGGCCCAGAACUAAACCACCUCCAUUGGAUAUUGCCCAUCGUCAGGGAAGUGGAUCAUCGACAAAAACCUGUGAAGCUGAUUGUGGUGAAGAGAGAGAUACCUUUUCGCCAAUAAGCACAAACAGUAGUCCAAGUGAACACCCAAGACUACCUAACGAAGCGGAAAUCCACAAGUGCAGUGGAAGCAUUGAUGUAGACAAUAAAUUAUUUGAAAGCAAAAUCAAACAUCCAGCAGCUUCUGCCAUCUCAACCACCAAGGAGGAAAAGCAGCGGCAGAACGAGGAGAUUGUCAUAAUGGAAACAUCAUCGGUAUCCUCGGAGACUGGUUCUUGGGAAUCGAUAUUUCCCAAUCAUGGCAAGAUAACCGAAGCCGAUGUUCGCAAAUGUUGCAAUGAUUUUCUGCAAAAUGAGAGGCAAAACUAUUGUGGGGGAAUCGAAAAGCCCGGAAAUGUUACUGCGUGCUUCAUAGAUGCCUCUUCGUUGCGUGAUGAAGAGGAAGAGCAGUUGGCAUUCACAAGCCAAGAAACUGCUACACUACCCAUCAAUACGGUUGCCGCACCGCUGGAAACCUUUCAACAGGCUUUCAAAUUCUGUAAGACCAAUCGACCAAAGUUGGACGAGAAGAAGGAAGAAAACUCAAAAAGCAGUAGUUCCAGCGAUGAAUCUCCUCAGAAAGUCGAUGAUCAAAUAAAUAAUCUAUCCGACGAAGAGAAGCUAUCCAGAAAGCGUGACAAAACCAAGCACAAUGAUCCUUUCGGAGCCAGAUCUUCCACUCGCCUAUUCGAGCCUUGUACAGAUGAUAAAGGUGAGGAACGUGAUUCAUCAUCCUCUUCUUCGGACAGCAAUGAAGCAGUAAUCAUGCGAAAGGCUAAGGAAAGAAAACAAGGUCAGUUUGUGUUCCAGCACAAUAUUCAGCAAUUUUCUGGGCACAUGAUAAGUCCAAAAAUACCCUUUACCAAUGACAUAAGUUACACAACUGACUAUUCUUCGUCAAGUCCAGCGGCCAGUCUUGUUUGGUCAUCUGACAUGGAGCGCAAUCAAAAGUCAUCUUGUAUGCUUCCCGACACCCCACAUAACUCAAUUGUGCAAGUACAUACACGAGUUGAUUAUCGGGACUCUGGAGCAUAUUGUAGUGAUGCCACCGACAGCCCAAUUCCAGCACCAAGAACUCCAAAACGAUUUUCCAAGUUUGACGAGGCAAAUCCAAUUGUAUCAGGAGGGGCAUCUAUCAAAGACUUUAGUGUUAAGCAAUGCGAAAGUCCACCCGUUCGUAGAAAAACUGAAUCAUGUCCCAUAGUUUCUGGUGGUUUUAUGUCUCUUGAUUUCGAACGUGCCAACAAUGAUGACGAAGAGUUUAAGAUCAAGCCGAAAAUGAGGAAAUCUCAAGCUCCAGGUGUUUCAUCUUGGGUAGUUGACAUGAGUGAUUGUAAAAAUAGAAAGGACUCCAGUUCCUCAUCCAGUGGCGAUACAAUGUCAAAGAGUGGCUUUUUUGUUUCUCUAGAGAAUUAUUCAAGCAACGGGGAGAACCCCAUUCCUGCAGAAAGAAAAAAGUCCUUUUCCGACAGUACAAAAAAACCACAAGGUUUCUAUGUAGAUCUGUCAGAAGACGACGACUCACGCAAUGCAACUCCACCCCCAUCUCUUAAAACACAAACUCCAGGAACAAAGGACACAAACGACAAGAAGAACAUAUUUUCCAUGUUCAUAGACUUUGGGGAAAAGAAACUCGCCUCCAAAAAGGAGCCUCUUUCAUUGGCUGCCAGGCUGUCUAGUUCGUUUAAUCUGAAACGAAGCACCAAUGAUGAUCUCAUGAAAUCCAGCACAAGUUCAACAGAAACCCUAAUGUCACGAAGCAGUCAACAACCGCACUCAGAUUCUGAUCAGAAGGUCGAGGAUGAAUCAAAGAAAAAUACAAGCGAGCCAUUGCCAACAACUGUUGCUGCAAUUCGACGAAUAUCCAAGAAUUUCGCCGCAUCGUCCAGUGAUCCUAAAAGACAUUCAUGGGCAAAUAACUCAAACAACCAAGCAACAGCCAAUACAGACUGCAAACGAUCCAUGUCUCUGACUGGAGGAGAUAAAGGCCUCAUGAACAUCAUCGAUAAAAUUCCUUUGAUCUCAAAAACUUCAAGUUUGUCGGUAGAUUCGUCCCUGUCGCCAUUCGAUGACCUAACAUCAUCCAAAAGUGAAUUGGGAAGCACUUACUCAAACACUUCGACAACAUCAGAAUCUGGAAUCGAGGGAGUAGAACUAAGAGACAAAAAUAUAAAUCACAUUCCCGCCGGCGGCGCUGCUGUAAAGGUGAAAAAACGUCGAAGAGAUGUACAAUUGAAUGAGACUUUCGACAAAAGUAGCGUUGCAUCUUUGACAGAUGGAAUUCUAUCAAAAGACCUUUCACCCAUUUCAACUGGCACCGAUACAGAAGAUCUCACAUUCCAACAAGAAGAGGAAGUCAAUUUGCAUGAUGCCAAUGAACCUUCGUCCCUUCAACAAAUCAAAGACCUAACAACUCGGUCAUUGGUUAUGGAGACCAUUAUCGAAGCUAAAGAAACAUCAUCCCCCAAGAAGUCAGCUUCGAACUAUUCAUCGACUCACACCAUGGAGUCACUGAAUGCAACAAUCGAAAAGCAGAAACAGCUCCUAGAAACGGUAACAGAGAAUGCCGUGACAGAAUCACGUUCAUUUGUAAAGCUAUCGGACAUGGAUAAGCCUCUGGCAAAGUUCGAACUGCAUUCACCAAGUGAAACCAUGUCAAAAUCUGUCGGCAAUCAUCGUCAAAUAAAUCGUCUAUUCCAUGAAACUUCACGCACCCGACCACAUUCCUGGACAAUGUCCCGUUCCACAGGUCCCAGUAUCUUGAACAUCACCAAUUCUGUGGAUAAUUUGAAGAGUCUCUCACGGCUGUUCCCGCAAUUCUCCAAGGAGCUGAGCUCCAGCUUGCCAAAUGAUUUUGUUGGCAACGUUGAACACCUGGACUAUGUGAACUCAUCAGAUUUCUCCAUAAACUCUAGUCUAGCUUCGAGUUUCAGUCGUUCGGGUAUGGACGAAUCGUCCAUCUCUUGUCGACAACCUCGACGACUUGGCGAAGAUUUACUUAAGAUGUUCCUGCAGGAGUUGGCCACAGAUAUGACAGUUGAAGUCAACGGUCGACGAAUUAAAGCCCACAAGUGUAUUCUACGAUCGCGGUGUCAAUAUUUUGCUGCAAUGUUGGCCGGUGGAUGGGCUCAAAGUUCAGGAAAUGUUGUCUCUCUUCCGGGAUAUUCUUACAGUGCAGUGCAUUUUGCACUGUGUCACAUAUAUUCGGGUGCAUCGCAUCCUCCCGAUGGGAUAAGUCUAAUGGAAUUGGCUGCCCUGGCUGAUUUGCUUGGAUUGGAAGGUCUGAAAGAAGUGACAGCUCACGCUCUCAAGAGCAACUAUUGUCACAACUUUCACAAACCUUGCUCAGGAUGCAUCGAUGGGAUACUACAAGUGUUACCAGUGGCUCUUAAUCAUGCGUUAGAUGAUUUGUAUAGGAAAUGUCUCAAAUGGGCAUGUCGGCAUUAUUUGAAAGUAUGGCCAACCAGGUCGUUUGCUCAAUUACCAUCGGAUAUUUUGUAUAGAUGUCGUCAACAAAUUGUUGCUUAUUUGACAUCCGAAACUGUUUUGGACUCGGUUCUGGAUUGUGACAAUCUAUUGGCUCAGUUGGCACCUUUUAGAUGGGCUUCAGUUAUAGAGAAUCUAGUGCGAGAUAUUCUCGAUGUUGCUUAUGGCUACAUUGCUGAUCAUUUCUCGAGCUUAAUUGCAAGCGAUAGCUUCCUUUCAUUAGGUCAUGAUAAGAGUUGUCAUAUUCCACGAUUGGAAAGUCUCUUACUUAGAACUGCUUCAUCCCUAACACCGGAUCAAGCUUGUCGCAGUUAUCAGAGGAUCACACGCCUUAAUACUGUCCUUUCAGCAAAGAUACUUAAAAUGCCAAAUUUUGGUGAACUGGCAAAAGAAUUGCAGGGAUUGCACGAAGAAGAAUUGGAAUGGAAUGAAGACUUUAUUAGGUUAAUUAGUGCUAUUCUCUCUGCGGUCGAACAGUGUCUGACAAGACAAUGUUCACGAGCUAUGCGUGUAAAUGCAUGGCAAAGAAUGGAUUUGGAUCUGCGUAAGAAAAUACAAACUUUAGCUAGGCUCACUGAACCUGUCGAUUUGAGACGAGGAAAAGCAGUUACGAAGGCAUUUUCGUUCGGUGGAAGUAGCAACAGGAAUCAGGAUUUAUACCAAGUUAAACUGGCCAUUCAAGCGCAUUCAAAACGUUCGCUUGCAAAUGAUUCACAACUUUUCAAAGCCACUACGCACACUCAAACGCACGCUCAGGAUCAUAGUAUUCAGACUACAGAAAGAGGCGUUCAAGCCAAUAAUGAUGUCAACGAAAAUAAAGCUAAAAUUCUAAAAACAAACUCGAGGGCACAUGUUCCACUCAUAGCAAAACAUACAACAACAAACCAUCAUAUUAAUGAGAAGUCUUCCUCGUCCUCCUCUCAUCGACGGACGCAAUCAGAAGCCUCAGCUGUUCGUAUUUCAAGUCAGAAGCAAAUCAAAAAUGUCCCUGAACCAGCAGCAGCUACAGAGAAACCUAUCGUUCCACGCCUAACAGAAGUUCGUCCCCGCUACCUUGAACCGAGAAAACCACGAGGUACAAUUAAUACCAACGGUCCAGUUCGUAGUCAAACCAGUUCCAGCAUUCCUUCGACCCUAGCCAAGGGGAAACAUAUUUCCUCUAGCGACAGUUCUCGCAAUUCUAGCCCUGCCAUUCGCAGAAACAAUGCAAAUUCCGAUAGAAAAAUCGGAACCAAAUCCAUUAACAUGUCAUUGGACAGUUUGGCUUCACCUUCGCGGAAAGCCAAACCCAAAGGCAAGUCAUCAAAUCAAUAUAACGAUGUGUGUGUGGAUUCUCUGGCUGAUAGCAUGAAAAGUUCAAUGAUUACCGAUAAAACGGUUUCCCAAGAAUCCCUUGCCGGUGGCAAACUUUCUCGCUCCAAUCCAGUGAUAAGCAAUAAAAUUGCUGUGAGACAAUUGAAAAAUCAACCAGCUCCCAACAAAGUCGUUCCCAAUCGUCCAUUGGCUAAGGGACGGCAAAUUUCAUCACACAACACUACCUCGGCUGGAUCGAGUCCCUCAUCACUAACAAACAAGUCUGGCAGUAGACUUUCGAGCGUCAGCUCGGUAAAUUCCCCCCGAGACGCGUUCAAAAACCGUUCAAUUUCCGUCCCCGGUAACCAAAGUGCCACAGCUACCGGACAACCAACACCAACAGUUGCACGUAAAAGUUUUCUUAGUGCAAAAUCUAGAGAAAUCCUUGCACGACGAGCAGAAAAAAAUAAACAACAACAGCAGCAACAGCAACAACACCAAUCGAGUAGUGGCGAAGAAAAGAGUCAUUCUACGAUAUCAUCUUCGUAUAAACCACCUCAGCCACUGUUAAGAGGAGGCAUUGGUCGGGAAUCAAUGCCUUUAUCAAAUCGAAAUUCUCACUCGAACAUCCCAACACGAAGACCGAAUUCUUUGCACUUAAAGAAAACAUAUUUGGGCGACCAAAGGAGCCAAAACAACCAAUACCAUGACUCCUCGCAAAAAUCAUCAAAAUUAAAAUUAAAAAAUCCCAUUACAAAUGGUGGCAGUAAUACCAUUGAAUUGCAUAUUGAAAGUUCACCGCCCCCACUGCAAAAGGAUAGCGGCAAGAAGUUUGAUCGCAUCGAAACCAAACUAGAGCGAUCGAGUACAUUUUGCAAAGAGUCUUCUGAUUUAUUAAUGGACGAAUUGCAGAUUAUAGAAUGAAGCAAAACCUGAAACUAAAAAAUGCAACAAAACUCAUUCAUUUCCUUCCUACCGCAUAAACAUUUUAUGAAAUGAAACUCAUGGGAUUGACCAAAAUGGAACUAUUCAAGGAUUUGGAGUGUUUUGCUAAAGGCCUGGUCUCUUAAAAAAAAUAACAAAAAAAAAAACAAAA